AUGAGUGGCCGAAACGAGCCCAGCCAGAUGCCCCUCGCGGGCGCCAUCGUGUGCUUCACUGCCAUCCUUCCCGAAGAACGCACUGCACUGGCUGCCAUCGCCGCCGAGAUGGGCGCCACCAUCAAGCUCGAUCUCACCUCCGACGUCACCCACCUCAUUGUCGGCAAAAUCGACAGCGCAAAGUACCGCUACGUCGCUAGGCAGCGCGAGGACGUCAAGGUGCUCGCUCCAGAAUGGCUCGACGCUCUUCGCCACAUCUGGAUCGGGGGAGGCCAUGUCCCUGUCGCCGCUCUCGAGCACGAAUACCACCUCCCCGUCUUCCACCGUCUCAAGAUUUGUCUCACCGGCUUUGACAACCCGGAGCAACGGAGAUAUGUACAGGAAAAGGCCGUGCAGAACGGUGCCGAGUACCACGGUGACCUUACCAAGAGCGUCACCCAUCUCAUUGCAGCUCUCCCCACUGGGAAAAAGUACGAAUAUGCCCGGGCAUGGAACAUGAAGGUAGUGUCGUGGGAGUGGUUCGAACAGAGCCUACAAAGAGGCAUGGCCCUAGAUGAGGCGUACUAUGACCCAAGGAUGCCAGUCGAGGAAAGAGGACAAGGUGCGUGGGUGCGGAGACGCGACAUAUCCCCGAAUUUGGGGAAGCGCGCACGUGAGCCUGAGCAGCUGGCAGCUAUCAACCCGCUCAAACGCAAGCUCAGGCGCUCGGUGAGCUCCAAGCUGGGCAGCCAGAGCGAAGCUCUCUGGGCUGGCAUUACAGCGGUGGGACGCGACAGGAAAUCUGCUGGCGAUGAAGAUUGGGACAAAGACGAAUUGACCAAUACCGCCUCUCCCAAUGGAAGCGCAACAAAAGAGGGCGGCGCGGCUGCACCUUCCGAGCGCAUCUCGGAGAACGCUGCAUUGCAUGCGCCUUAUCUGGAUGCUGUUGACACGGGCAUUUUUCAAGGUCGACCGAUCCUCACCCACGGCUUUGAUUCGGAGAAGACUAGAAUCUUAAGAGAACACCUGGCCAGCAACGGCGCGUUCAUCGUCAAAGACCCCGCAGAGCUGCUAACAUUAUCAUCCGACCAUCUCUCGCGUGGAUACGUAGUAGUACCCCACGAUGUUGCGACGGACUUGGACUCGGUUCCGGGAGGAGCCGGACCGAUGACUAGGGCUACUAACUGGUGGGUCGAGCGCUGUCUACAUGCUAAGUGCUUGCUAGACCCUGCCGAACAUGUCUUAUGCAGGCCACUCCAAACGGGGACGAUUCCCGGCUUCAAUGGUCUGAGCAUCAAUGCAACCGGGUUCAGCGGUAUCGAGUUGCUGCACGUGACCAAGGUAGUCUCGUUGAUGGGGGCAACAUACCAUGAAUUCCUGUCAGCGAAGACGUCUGUGCUAGUCUGCAAUACGGAAACGCCGAAUGAGCAAAAGACCAAGUUCAUCGCCGAGAAGAGAAUACCAGCUGUCCGUGCUGACUGGCUGUGGACAUGCCUAUCAACGGGCCAGUUGCAGCCUUAUGAAGAUUUUCUUCUGAGAAUAACUCCUUCCUCUCGGGCCUCUCGAGACCGCGAGCAACCCUAUCCCGACGUGCCCACGGUGCGUCUGUCGGAAGAGGAACUGCGGAAGCGUAAAGCGCCGCCGAGAAGAGGAGCAACUAGGCCUACAUCGCGCAAUGGACCCCAGAAGCCUGGCGCCUUAGUUCUGUCACUGCUCACCAACCCUUCUCCGACAGACUCGUCUACACAUCUGGACGCGGGCACUGUCCGGGAACAUGAUGGCGAAGAACCCGGUUCUCCUGCAAUUGGUGGCCCAUGGUCAGUACCACCCCAGGAUGUACGUCCCAGUAUGAACGCCUCACGCCGUCCUUCGGCUUCGUCGACCGCAUCCACCGCCAAAUCUAGUGCGGGUUCCACGCCGACCUUCAAUACGAACACAGGACCAACAUGUCGAGGCAAACAAGCAUACGAAGCGCGAUCGUGCAGGCCAACGAAAGAACCUGCACCCGAUUCCAUCAUACCGCUUCCUAUAGAGCCAAAGAAGGACUACUCGAGCAUCAUGACUGGCAUCCUGGCACAGCGUAGGGCUGCCGCCGAACAACAAAUUGCCGGUAAUGAGGUGAACAAGCGAAAGCGCCAGCUAGGAAGAGCGCCCUCUGCGCCUUCGAAUGCCUCUACCGUCGAUGAGCCCUUGUCGAGACCUAGCUCUGUCGCUCCCGGCGACUCGAGUGCGCGCGCUGAGGGCGAAGCAGCUGAUCACUCGGGAAGAGGGGAAGGGGAAGAGGAAGAAGAGGAGGAGCCUGAGAUCGAGGCAAAGAACGCGUGUCAGCCAUCUCAAGUGUUGGGUUGGGAUGCACCGGGGGCUCAAGAGGCCAGAGAGCGGAUGAUCAAAGCCAUGGGCGGUAAGGUGGAAGCGAUUGGCAAUGUUGCUGAACCUAUUGGACUCAUGAAGGACAUUGUGAGUGGAGAUUGCGGAGGAAGACCUGCGCGAAGGCGGAAGGGAUGA